UUUCCGCAGGUGUCCAAGGCUUUUCAACGACUGUCUUGUUCGAAACAGCUUUGGUUGAUCAUACUGGAACGCGAUGUCGUCUCCGACGGCCCCAUUAUUCCGCAUUACUGUCGCCCACUUGAACUGCUUUCAGACAUCCAAACCGAGGCUCUCGUUCUUCACAUCCUCCGACUCUGCCAAGCGCUACUCCUAGGCACACAGCGCCGUCCUCCGACCAUGGUCUCAUUCCCUCAAACGCGCUCAGUGACUUGGGUCAAGCUGGUCCAGGGCAAGUGGAUCCUUGCUGCAUGUUCAGAUCAGACCACAAGCGCCAUCUGCCUCUGGUCGCUCCAGUCGUUUUAUCGCUCCGAGGGACCUCCUGAUAUUGUGGCCCAAGCUUUCCUCAAAGGACCUGUGGUGUAUGGGCUGGUCGAGGUGCAGGAUGAUCAAGUGAUAAUUGCUCUAGAGCUUCGAGCUGCAUUGUGAGAUCGUGC